GUAUGCACGAAAAAAAGUCCGCUCAACAAACUUAACGGAAUUUAUCAUCCUUGUUUCAGAGAGUGUGUGAAAAAGUUCCGAAUGGACAGAACAUACGUGAAUUAUGCUGCUGUGACCAUUCCAAGACGGAGGAAACACUACUGAAAACAGGGAAAGUCUACAAGGUUUGCUGGUUUGAUGACGUGUGAAUGACGUCAUAACCAAAUAUGGGAGAGAAGGAACAUUUGGAUAAGGAGCAGAAUACUCCAAUAAUGAAUAUUCCGGUGCAAGGUACACUCUUGGAAAAGUCCCCUGGAAUGGAGGCGGACCAUCAAGAGGAACGAGAAACAUGGGGCAAAAAGGCGGAUUUCCUUCUUUCCGUGAUUGGGUUCGCUGUGGAUUUAGCUAAUGUAUGGCGGUUCCCGUAUUUAUGUUACAAAAAUGGCGGAGGGGCCUUUCUGAUCCCAUACGGUCUCAUGUUGCUCAUGGGAGGUAUACCGUUGUUUUAUAUGGAACUGGCUCUCGGCCAGUACAACAAAUCCGGUGCCAUCACUUGUUGGGGAAGACUGUGUCCGCUGUUCAAAGGUAUUGGAUGGGCAGUAGUGUUGAUAGCAUUUUACACAGACUUUUUCUAUAACGUCAUCAUUGCUUGGGCCCUUCAUUACUUGAUCAGGUCAUUCACGAGUGAGCUCCCUUGGGCGUCAUGUGGUAAUGAAUGGAAUACAGAAUUCUGUUACGACGGUAAAAAUAGAACAAAGGCCGAUAACUCUAGUGUAAAUAUGACCGACGAACUUACCUCUGCUUCGCCAAUGCUGGCUGGAAUGACUACCGUUGGGUCAUUGUUGAACGAGACUGUUCAGAAUGCCACGAGGAUACCCCGAUAUUCCCCGGCCGAGGAAUAUUUUGUGCGGAGUUUCCUUGGCCUCCAUAGAAGUAAUGGGAUAUUUGAGGCUGGAGCAGUCCAGUGGCAAAUAGUACUAUGUCUUCUAGGUGUAUACGUGAUAUGUUACUUUAGCCUGUGGAAGGGAAUAUCAACCUCAGGCAAGGUUGUGUGGUUUACAGCGCUCUUUCCAUACGUUGUGUUGUUUAUCCUGAUGAUCAGAGGGGCGACUCUCCCGGGGGCUGGGAAAGGUAUCGAAUAUUACCUAACUCCGGACUUUGCUCGACUCGCUAAUUCGGAGGUGUGGGUAGAUGCUGCUACACAGGUGUUCUUCUCACUAGGUCCUGGGUUCGGUGUACUGUUGGCGUUUGCUAGUUAUAACAAACUCAACAACAACGUCUACAGAGACGCCCUCGUAACGAGUGCCGUCAACUGUCUGACCAGCUUCUUUUCGGGGUUUGUAAUCUUCAUGAUCCUCGGUUACAUGGCCCAGCGGACCAAUCAGGAUAUCGAAGACGUAGCAACGGACGGGCCAGGCCUUGUCUUCGUAGUUUACCCAGAAGCCAUCGCUACGCUACCUGGGGCCCCAUUUUGGGCGAUCAUAUUUUUCCUGAUGUUGUUGACCCUUGGAUUAGACAGUUCGUUUGGUGGAUCUGAGGCUAUCCUGACGGCUUUGUCUGACGAGUUUCCGGUCCUGCGCAGACACAGAGAGCUUUUUGUCGGUGCAUUAUUUUCCGUCUACUUCAUUGUGGGUUUAUCGUUCUGUACAGAGGGGGGAGCACUUGUGGUACAGUUGAUGGACAAAUUCGCGGCCGGAUACUCCAUACUCUGGGCGGUGUUUUUUGAGACACUGGUUGUUUCCUGGGCGUAUGGUGUAGAUCGAUUUUCCGAAGACAUCCGUCUGAUGGUUGGUUUCCCUCCUGGUCAUUAUUGGAGAAUUUGCUGGAAGUACGUCGCCCCGGUGUUUUUACUGUUCAUCAUGAUAUUCGGCCUAGUGAUGUACCAACCACUUACAUACGAGGACUACGUGUACCCAUGGCCUGCUAACAUGAUUGGCUGGUGUGUAGCUCUAUCCUCUAUCCUAUGUAUACCUGGGUUUGCGAUCUUUGGACUAAUAACAACUCCCGGUACCUUGUCUGAGAGAAUACAUAUUUUGUUAACGCCUAAGAAUGAUAGAAAUCGUCAGACAGCAUCAAAUUGGACUGACGUGAGACUGAACGGAGGGGCGAUUGGCGACCGAGUAUAAAUCGUGGGCAUGAUUCAUAAAAAGCCACCCAAAACAGCGUAGCAUCAACAACAAUGACAAAUGUGCCUGGAAGUAUCAUCCCAUCGUGGAUUGUCAUGCGGAAAAACCAUAAGGAAGGGAGAUAUAUUUACACUCGUUAUUAUAAAGAGAUAUCCACGAAAAGAUGAACUUCCCGUUCUUGUUGGGAGGUCGUAAUGAAAAUCCUUUAAUGGCGGUUUUGAGAUUUAGUCGCAUUUCUUAAGUGGAUUUAGUGAAAAGUGGUUCUAGAGGAGAACAUAUUUGUCAUCAAAACCGAGACUUAUGGGGAAAUUCUGAUAGAUGACAAUUUAUGUAGAGUUUAUGAAUAUGAAGUGUACUUGAUUACUCCUUUGAGAACGUGGCGGAGGAUUGAGUAAAAUUGCAGUACCAGCAAUAGGUCUACCUUUCUUUGGAGGAAAAUUAGAUAGACUACGUCUUUUAAAAUGGACGGACAUCGUAGUAGCAGUAGGCGAUAGAUUUGUGUUGUAACUGUAGUACUAUGCAGCUGUGUAGUUAUGCAAAGACCAAUAGACUUUAGGCCUCAAACAGCGUCAUUCGUAUUCAAUAUGACAUCAUUCAUAUUGUGACGUCAUUAAACCAUUUUACACUCCGUCGUGCGCUGCAUUUUGUAUAAACUGUGGAACAUCAUCACUAUACAAUCGUGCCGUCAGGUAUAUCGUGUGACGUCUUUCUACACGAUGUGACGUCAUUCAUGGAUCAUCAGCUGUACAAUAUCACGUCAAUUAUUUGUAAUGAGACGUCCUUCACUUACUAUCGCGUAAAUAUUUCUUUCAUUAAGCGUGACAAUGUGACGUGAAAAAGAUCAUCAUCACCUGAUCAGCUGUAAUUAUAUCGCGUGACGUCAUACACAACCAGGUGUGAUUCUUAGACAACCAUGAUCUGAUGUCAUGUAUAAAGUUGUGGUGUUUAAGCAGUGUGUUGUCAGCUAUAUGUGUGAGGCUGAUCAAACAAUUGGAUUUUAUGAGAUGUAAAUAUAUAAUUAGCCUAUUAACUGAUUUCCAACUACGUGUCAAUGGCAAUAGUUAUAAUAAUAGUAUAUGGUGUCGCAUAGCUACAUCUCAGCAUCCUCAAAUACAGCUUCAGUUUCAAAUUCUAUGUUGCAGAUAUGUGCUACCUCACAUAUUAUAUAACACUGCAUUUGUCAUAAUACAUGAAUUUACUUCCGUAACUAUCAAUUAAUUGCAACACCAAAUGAGUAUUAGCUUUAUUUAGUUCUAUUUUGUUGAAUGUCCAAUUAACAUACAGGGUCAUUUAAGGACAUGCCAGGUUUUAAAGGUGGAGGGAAGCCAAAGUCCCCUGAGAACAAAAACACCGGCCAACGGUCAGUAUCAGGCAACUGCCCCACGCGGGUUUCGAACUCGCGACCCAUAGGUUGAGGGCUAGCGGUUAAAGUGUUGGGACACCUUAACCACUCCCCAACCAGCACCAAUAAAGAACUCAAGAUAUAUUAUAGUAAGGUUGUUUAAGAAUACGUUAUAGGCCAAUGCUACAUUCACAGAUUUUUCAGACGAGAAAAUGUAUUUGAUUAUAUUAUUGCAUUAUAUUGCAAAUGUUAGGUAUGCCAACAAGGAAAUAUCUGUUCAUUUGAUGAGUUUGAUUUUCACAAAUGUUUUAACAAAAAAAAAGUAUCUUCCAAAAAUUGUUGUUUUCAGUAAUAGUAAAUUUUGUUUAGUAUUCAAUAAGCAGAUAUUCUUUUUUUCUCAAACGUGUACCAUAAUAUUGAGGAUAAUGUAACAAAUAUCUUAUUUAAUGGAAAACAAUUGGAUUAAAUUUAUACUAUUUAUACAUUACACUGAGAUGGAUUAUAUAUAAUAUAGCAUACAAAUCUUUUUAUUCUAACUUUUUUUUGUUAAAUAAUCAACUGAAUAUGAGUGUCGCUGGUGAGCCAUAAUGAUGUAGUAGAACAAAUGUAUACGGAAAGGAAAAUCUUUAAGUUGUGAUUUUUUUGUCUUCGUAGUUUUACGCAUAGAAAGCUUCCAUUUGAAAAAAAAUAUGAUAUGGAAUAGAAAUUAAGAGUUUUUCCUUGAAAAUGCAGCAAUAUAUAAUUAAUUGGCAUUGUCUUGCAUCAGGUAUAUCACUCGCCCAAAAAUGAUUUUCAUCAAUAUGCUGUAUGGAUGGCAAUAAUGUGUGAAAUAGACACUACAUGUUACUGUUUGCUCGUAAACUGUGUUGUAAUGUUUGAUAUAUGUAGAUUACAAUAUUGUAACUCAUUGUAAAUACAUUGCAAAAUUAUGUACAUAUGUGUUUGUAAUUUAAAAAAAUUGGGUUUGAUAUUGUGAGAGAAUAAGAUGAUACAUAAUAUACAUCUAUAUACCUACAUAUGACAUAUUAUACAAAAAUCAUGUAUCUAGUUAUACCACAGAAUCGUAUCAAUAAGUCAAUUUAAUAAAAAUGUGACGUCAUUUUUUUUUACAUUUGAUAUUACGUCAAUGCAACAAAUCGUAGUGGAAUCAUACUACGCCCUAAUUAACUAUCCAUAUUCUUAUAUCAUUUUAGGAAUAUGUAGCGUGUAUGACUGUGAGAACAAUGUAUUUUUUCUAUAUCAAUCCAGUAUAUAUGUAUCUUAUUGUAAAAAAUAACAUAAAUGACAUUUAAAAUGACGUCAUUGAAAUAUAUAUCUAUAAGGAGGUAUUUAAACUAAUUCUAUAUCAUAAACUUUGAUAAAUGGAUAAAUUAUACAUAUAUAUGCAGAUAUCCACAAACUAACUAUAUCAUAAGUGAUUAACUGUGUUCCUUUGGACGACUUUUGAACGGCUUGUGCAAUAAUUUAACAACGUAUGACGUAAUAGACAAUAUCAUUAUUAUGGCUGUAUUCAUGUUUAAAAUAUAGAUCUGAUUAUGAACAAAUAAACCACUCAAACGUAACCAUCGAUGGCAUAUUAGUUUAUGUUUCUUUAAAACAUUUUUCUUUUAAAAUCGAAAUUCAUAGUUCUAGAAGAUAUUAAAAAAAUGGCGAAUGAAAUAUAAAUACAUAAAUAUAUUUCCGAUAAUGCAAUAAAACUACGGGUUAGAUUUUUACAGGCCUACGUGGUUAUAUUCAGACAACACCAUAAGCGUUAUGAAGUCACAUAUACCUAUGACGUCGUCGUCAUGCUUACAGUUACGUUCUUCAAAUCUUGUAUAUUUCUAUCAAGGAGUUCAAGCUAUAUAUUUUAAGUAAAAAAACAAAACAAAACAAAACAAGCUUUGUGACAGUUAAUUAGAUCAUAUACCGAAUUUUGUAUACAUGAUACAUGGCCUUCAUUUAAAAAAAAUGUAAGAACCAAAUAAUUAUAAUUGAAUAAUUGUAAUUAAAUAAUUGUAAUUAAAAUCAAAUAAUUGUCUUAAAAAUAGUGAUUUCAUAUCUACUUUAAACAUAACCUGUAGUACCACUUCAACAAUUAACUGCAUUUAAAAGUCAAUUUGAAAAUAAUCAUAAUUGCACACUUUUGAUUCAAAAUGUAUUUCAUAAUAGCUGUAACUGAUGAAAAUAAUGUAUAUUUGAAUAUUGAUACAGAAUAUAUUGAUAUUGAAUGCGAUUUUGCACAUGAUUGAUGAAAUAGUGUAGAAUGUAUAUCGUAAUAGUGUUCCAUAUCACUACAGUGAUGUGUGUUGCGUGUUAAUAUAAACUAAUAUGUAUCGAUGGACUCUAUCAGUGUCAUAUUAUAGAAUUUUGUACACAACACGGAAUAAAAAAUGACAAAAAACCA